GUGUGGUGGGAUGUGUGUCAUGGCUGCCGGUCUGUGCCAGGAUGAGUAACAGCCACCCCAUGCGCCCGUACACCGCCAUCGGUGAGAUCGAUCAUGUGCACAUCCUGUCGGAGCACGUGGGCGCCCUGAUAAAUGGCGAGGAGUACAGCGACGUCACCUUCAUCGUGGAUAAGAUGAGAUUCCCAGCGCACAGGGUCAUCCUCGCCGCCCGCUGCCAGUACUUCAGGGCGCUGUUAUACGGAGGGAUGAAGGAGUCUCGUCCGGAGGCGGAGAUCACCCUGCAGGACACAAGCCCUGAGGCGUUCGCCAUGCUGAUGAAGUACAUGUACACGGGCCGGGCCAGCCUGCGGGAGGAGCGGGAGGAGGUGCUGCUGGACUUCCUGAGCUUAGCUCACAAAUAUGGCUUCCCCGAGCUGGAGGACUCCACAUCCGAGUACCUGUGCACCAUCCUAAAGACCCAGAACGUGUGCAUGAUCUAUGACGUGGCCAGCCUCUACUCCCUGUCCAAACUGUGCUCCACCUGCUGUAUGUUUAUGGACCGGAACGCGCAGGAUGUCCUCUCCAGUGACGGUUUCCUGACCAUCUCCAAGGCUGCGCUCCAGGAUAUCGUGCGGAGAGACUCGUUUGCCGCCCCCGAGAAGGACAUUUUCCAGUCUCUGAUGCGCUGGUGCAGACACAACCCCAAAGAGAAUCACUCAGAAAUCAUGGCCUCCGUCCGCCUCCCGCUAAUGAGCCUCACGGAACUGCUGAAUGUGGUCAGACCGUCCACACUACUCACCCCUGACGCCAUCCUGGACGCCAUUAAAGUGCGAUCUGAGAGCCGCGACAUGGACCUCAACUACCGCGGGAUGCUAAUCCCGGAGGAGAAUAUCGCUACCAUGAAGUUUGGGGCACAGGUGGUGAAGGGGGAGCUGAAGUCGGCUCUGCUAGAUGGCGACACCCAAAACUACGACUUGGAUCACGGAUUUUCUCGGCACCCGAUCGAGGAUGACUGCCGCUCCGGCCUGGAGGUGAAGCUGGGGCAGCCGUCCAUCAUUAACCACAUCCGCCUGCUCCUCUGGGAUCGGGACAGCCGGUACGUGCAUUACCGGGGCACCGCCCCAUACUGGUCACCAGCAGGUCCCUACUCCUACUACAUCGAGGUGUCCAUGGAUGAGCUGGACUGGAUCCGAGUCAUUGACCACGCCCAGUUUUUUCUGCCGCUCCUGGCAGAAGCUCUACUUCCCGGCUCGGGUAUGCAGCGUCUUUAG